CCCCAGGUGUGAUGGCGCUGCCGCGGGCGCAGCUGCAGUGUGUGCCCAGGUGUGCCCAGGUGUCACUCAGGUGUCUCUCAGGUGUCACUCGGGUGUCACACAGGUGCCCAGGUGUGCCCAGGUGUGUCUCCCAGGUGUGCCCCCCAGGUGCGAUGGCGCUGCCGCGGGCGCAGCUGCAGUGCAAGAACCUGCAGGAGUUCCUGCGGGGGCUCAGCCCCCCCACGCUGGACCGGCUCUACGGGCACCCCGCCACCUGCCUGGCCGUCUUCAGGGAGCUGCCAGGCCUGGCCCAGGCCGGGAUCAUGCGGAUGCUGUUCCUGGAGCAGCCCCUGCCCCAGGCGGCCGUGGGGCUCUGGGUCAAGAAGGAGCACAGCAGGGAGCAGCAGCAGAGCCAGGAGGUGCUGCUGGAGCUGCGCCUGUGGCACCCCCACACCCUCCCGGGGGGGCUCCCGGGGGUCGCCCUGCACCCCAACUUCCGACAGAACCUGCGCGUCGCCCUGCUCGGGGGGGGCAAGGCCUGGUCGGACGACACGGCCCCGCUGGGCCCGGACCGGCACGCCCGCGACGUGCCCGCGCUGGACAAGUACGCCGAGGAGCGCUGGGAGGUGGUUUUGCACUUCAUGGUUGGAUCACCGAGCGCCGCCGUCAGCCAGGACCUGGCGCAGCUGCUGGUGCAGGCCGGGCUCAUGAAGAGCGAGGGGGGCGAGCCCCCCUGCAUCACCUCGGCCGGGUUCCAGUUCCUGCUGCUCGACACCCCCGCCCAGCUCUGGUUCUUCAUCCUGCAGUACCUGCGGGGCGCCGAGGCGCGGGGGAUGGACCUGGUGGAGAUUUUGUCCUUCCUGUUCCAGCUGAGCUUCUCCACCCUGGGCAAGGACUACUCGGUGGAGGGGAUGAGCGAGUCGCUGCUCACGUUCCUGCAGCACCUGCGCGAGUUCGGGCUGGUGUUCCAGAGGAAGCGGAAGUCGCGGCGGUUCUACCCGACCCGGCUGGCCAUCGCGCUGGCCUCGGGGACAGCGGGGACAUCGCUGGGGACAGCGGGGACAGGGCUGGGGACAGCGGGGACAGAGCCCGACGGACACGGCUUCAUCCUGGUGGAGACCAACUACCGCAUCUACGCCUACACAGACUCGGAGCUGCAGGUGGCCCUCAUCGCGCUCUUCUCGGAGCUGCUCUAUCGCUUCCCCAACCUGGUGGUGGCCCAGGUGACAAGGGACAGCGUGCAGGCGGCCAUCGCCAACGGCAUCACCGCCGAGCAGAUCAUUCACUUCCUGCGCACCCGCGCCCACCCCGUGAUGGCCAAACAGAGCCCGGUGCUGCCCCCGACCAUCACGGACCAGAUCCGGCUCUGGGAGCUCGAGCGGGACCGGCUGCGCUUCUCGGAGGGUGUGCUGUACAACCAGUUCCUGUCCCAGGUGGAUUUCGAGGUGCUGCGGGACCACGCCCGGGCCCUGGGGGUGCUGGUGUUCGAGAACCCCGCGCGGCGCCUGAUGGUCGUCACCCCCGCCGGCCACCCCGACGUCAAACGCUUCUGGAAGCGCCAGAAGCACAACGGCUGACCCCAAAAACCCCAAAAUACCCAAAAUCCCGGAGUCUGGGAUCCUAAAAUUCCCAAAAUCCCGGAGUUUGGGGGCAAAAAUCUUCAGAUUUGGGAUUACUAGGCCAUCCCAACGUGAAAUGCUUCUGGAAGCACCAGAAACACAACGGCUGACCCCAAAAACCCCAAAAUACCCAAAAUCCCGGAGUCUGGGAUCCUAAAAUUCCCAAAAUCCCAGAGUUUGGGGUCUAAAAAACCCCAAAAUGGCCGAAUUUGGGGUUACUGGGGCACCCCGACGUCAAACGCUUCUGGAAGCGCCAGAAGCACAACGGCUGACCCCAAAAUACCCAAAACCUACAAAUUCACUGAGUUCGGGACCCCAAAAUCCUCAAAAUCGUGGAGUUUAGGGUCUAAAAAACCCCAAAAUGGCCGAAUUUGGGGUUACUGGGGCACCCUGACGUCAAACGCUUCUGGAAGCGCCAGAAGCACAACGGCUGAGCCAAAAAACCCCAAAAUGCCCAAAAUCCUGGAGUCUGGGAUCCUAAAAUCCCCAAAAUCCCAGAGUUUGGGGUCAAAAAUCCUCAAAAUCCCGGAGUUUGGGGUCACAAAUCUUCAAAUUUUGGGUUACUGGGGCAGCCCGACAUCAAAAGCUUCUGGAAGCGCCAGAAGCACAACGGCUGACCCCAAAAACCACAAAUUUCUCAAGGUUGGGGUCCCCAAAAAUUCCCAAAUCUUCGAAGUUUUGGAGUUUGGGAUCCCAAAACCCCAAAACCUCCAAAUUUGGGGUCCUGGUGCCCCAAAAUGUCUCCUGCAAACCGAAAACUUUGGGUUUCGGUAGAUUUUUGAAGCUCCAGGUGCCCCAAAAUUUGGGGUCCUGUCGCCUCAUUCCCACAGAAAUCCAGGAUUUGCAGGGAAAAUGUCGUUUUUUGUACAAAUGCUGUUUUUGAGAGGGUUUUUUGUAGUAAAAACGUUUUGAGCCAUAAAAAAAGGAAAGUUUUGUGAAGGGAGUGGGGGAUCCCUGACGGGAAGGGAGAUCCUUGGGAUUUUGGGGGA